CCCGGCCCGGCACAGCGCUCCGCCCUUCUUCCCGGCCCCCGGAGCCCACCCACCCGCCAUGGCCUGAGCCAGGGCCAAAGAGUGGUGCAGCUCUUUACCCAAAGCCGGGUCUGCGCGCCGCGGCUGAGCGCCCACUCGCGUUGCGGAAAGAUCCGCGGAGAAACCGGCGGGGGCGGCGGCGGGAGAGCUCGGCGGGAGCCGGAGGAGGUGGCAGUCGGGAGCAGAACCAGAGGAACACGGGAGACACUAGCUCGCCGCUCAGAGACGCGCACUCUCUCGGCCAGGGAUGGGUCCUGGCGCAGCCCGGCCCCUUCCCCGCCCGCCGGGCAGAGACUGAACAGAGCAUCCCUGUCGUCCGGUGGAUAAGCGGACAGAGGGAGUCACUGCCCGAUCACCAGUACCCUCACGGCGGGACCUCGCCCGCUGCGCACUCCGCGCAGCGCCCCCAGCCGGAGCCGCGCCGGGCCAGCGGGCGAGGGAGCGGGGCUGAUUGGCGGCCGCCGGCGGCCAGGGGAGGGGGCGCCGUGCGGGGCCAUGGCAGGCUCCGAGGCGUCCUAGCCCUAGCGGGAGCCGGAGCCGAACCCAAGCUGCUGCCACCACCGCCUCUUCGCGCCCCGGCCCCCGCCGCAGCUGCGCCCCUGCGGGAGAUGGAACAGCGGAACCGGCCCGGCGCCCUCCGAUACCUGCCGCCUCUGCUGCUGCACGCCCUGCUGCUCUUCGUGGCCGACGCUACAUUCACUGAAGUCCCCAAAGAUGUGACAGUACGGGAGGGAGACGACAUCGAAAUGCCCUGCGCGUUCCGAGCCAGCGGAGCCACCUCGUACUCGCUGGAGAUCCAGUGGUGGUACCUCAAGGAGCCGCCUAGAGAGCUGCUGCAUGAGCUGGCGCUCAGCGUGCCCGGCGCCCGGAGCAAGGUAACAAAUAAGGAUGCAACUAAAAUCAGCACGGUGCGCGUUCAGGGCAAUGACAUCUCACACCGGCUUCGGCUGUCGGCUGUACGCCUGCAGGACGAGGGCGUGUACGAGUGCCGCGUGUCAGACGACAGCGACGACCACACGCAGGAGCACAAGGCCCAGGCGCUGCUGCGCGUGCUCUCGCGCUUCGCGCCGCCCAACAUGCAGGCUGCAGAGGCCGUGUCGCACAUCCAGAGCAGCGGGCCACGGCGCCACGGCUCCUCCAGCGCCGCCCACACCAACCACGCGGGCGCCGCGGGCCGCACCACCUCAGAGCCGGGUAAAAGCGACAAGAACCAGCUGCCUGGGAGCCCUCCUGCCGCCCACGGACCCGAAGUCCCCGAGACCGCCGCCGCCUCCGUGGCCCACACAGCCACCACCACAGUGGCUGCUGCAGCCGCGGCUUCGUCAGCGUCGCCGCCACCCCGCCAGGCGGUGCUUCUGCGCCAGAGACACGGCUCAGGCACUGGCCCCAGCUCUGCCACAGACCCGCUGCUGUCCCUGCUCCUGCUAGCGCUGCAUAAGCUCCUGCGCCUGCUCCUGGGGCACUGACAGUCCCGGCGUCCUGAAGACCUCAGCGGGCACGCGCGCCCUGCCUGCUCACCGGGGAGGACCGCAUGGCCGGGCAGACCCAGAGACACUGAGCAGCAUGAAGAAGUCCAGACAGAAAUUAAUUAAAUCAUAUUUUUGGGGAAGUCACACAAACGUAGAACACCUAAAAUAAUGCAUCUAGUUUCCAAAUAAGAUGGAAUCUGGACCAUGCAGUAAGCAUGGGAUCAGUGAUUUCUCUACUUCAAUGUAUUUUUUUUUCUACACUUUCCCUCCAACUCUUCAUUUUGCACGAACUGUUGAGCAGUUACCUUUAGGAUAACAUGUAAAAAAAAAAAAAAAAAGUUGGGUCAAAACCUUUCUGACAAAGCAAAAUAUUUUUAGUAGAUUAU